AUGGUUCUUCGUUAUAAAUACGACUCACGUAUUGAAGUUCCUAUUACGAAUACAAAUUACGACGUACGGAUGGGGAGAUUGAAAAGAAAGAAGAAUUUAGCAACGAUGACAUUAGAAAAGAAUAAAAAUCAAUUGGAAGUUCCAAUUAUUCCAUUCAAAAAUUUGCCAAAAGAAUUUCUUUUAAUGCGUGUUAAGAAUGGUACAAAAAUUAGAAAUGUUUUGGGAUAUGCAAUAAAAGAAUUUACGAAUCAUGAAUGUAUCGUUUGGACUGGUGUUGGACAAGCUGUCGGUAAAGUUAUUUCCUGUAGUGAACUUUUUAAAACUAUAUAUAAAGGAUUACAUCAAGUUACAAAAUUACGUUACGUUGUUUAUCAGGCUCCAGAUGACCCUGGACAAUUCAAUAUUCAAAACGAUACUAAUCAAACGGAAUUAAAAAAGUUUGCUGCUAUGGGAUUAAUGGGACGGAAAAGAUUAAAAAAGGAUCAAUUAACGUCAGCACAUCCAAAGAGAAAUAAAAAAAGAUUUGGUCACAUGUAA